AUGAAAUCUGCCCUCCUCGCCUACGGCCUCCUGGCCUCAGCCAGCACGGUCACAGCCCACAUCCAAAUGUCCAACCCCUACCCGAUCCGCAGUCCUCUCGACCCCAACGGCGACGAAUCCAAGAAAGACUACUCAUACACAAACCCCCUCGACUCCGACGGCAGCGACUACCCCUGCAAAGGCUACGCCAACGACCCCUUCCGCUCCGUAGCGAGCUACAGCCCUGGAGGCACCUACGAGCUGGACCUGCAAGGCAGCGCGACCCACGACGGCGGCUCAUGCCAGAUCUCGCUGUCGUACGACACAGGGAAAUCCUUCCAGGUGAUUCACUCCAUGUUGGGCGGGUGUCCGCUGACGGAAUCGUACAAGUUCACGAUUCCUUCGGAUGCACCGACGGGCGAUGCGCUGCUCACUUGGACGUGGUUCAAUAAGGUCGGAAAUCGGGAGAUGUAUAUGAACUGCGCGCAGGUUACGAUUGGAGAUGGUAGUAAGAAGAGGGAUCUGGAGGAGAUGCGGAAGCGAGAUGCGUUUAGUUCGCUGCCGCCCAUCUUCAUUGCUAAUGUUAAUGGGCCUGGGCAGUGCACCACUAUCGAGAACUAUGAUGUGAACUUCCCCCUGCCGGGACCGUCCGUGGAGGGGAGUAUCAAUGGUACUGAUGCUGGGUUUACUUGCACCGGGGAUGCGCCUUUCUUGCAUGCCAGUGGUAGUGGCUCGAGCUCGAGCUCGAGCUCUGGCUCUGGCGCCAGCUCUGUCAAGGCUGCCCCUGUGUCUACUUCCAAGCCGACUGUGUCUCGGCCAACUGUGUCAACCUCCAAGGUUGCUGCUCAUGUUGCCAGCACACCCGCAGCGUCAUCAUCUGCUAAGGUGGUUGCUUCGUCGUUCGGAACUGAGGCAGCGCGUGUCGCGACCGUUGCUACGGCUGCUGCGCACUCUAAUAAUGAUGCUAGUGUUGCUGGUGCUGCUGCUGAUGAUGAGAGUGCCCGGUACGUGCCUGGCAAGCCCUGCGUCGAUGGAGCCAUUAUCUGCGGUCCUGGUGGUACUAGCUGGUCGAUGUGCAGCAAUGGACGUCCUGUCCAUAUGGGAUCUGUUGCGGCCGGGAUGUACUGCUCUCAUGGAGCGAUGCAACGGUUGCGCUAA